ACCAGGGUUUUAGAUUGUGGUGAAAUGAAACCCCAAAAACCCCAAAUGGCAUGGCACCUUUAGCCCUAUGCCCUUAGCAUGGCCUUAGCUUCCAGUCUUUGCUUUUCUUCCUCUGUCGGAGCUCCGCUUCCUAUCAGCAUCAUCCUCGGCCCAAAAGGAGGCUCCAAGCGAAGGGCAAAAUGGAAAUGGGAGUGUGCUGGUCAAGGACACAAGUGAGAGCAGCGAAGAAACAAUGGUGCGUGUUGAGCUCCACAAGGAACCCACUGAAGCUAUUUUGUGCGCAAUGCAUGAAUUGGGGCUUGCGUCGCGAAAACCGUUCAAGAAAUGUGCUAGAGUUGUUGGAGAGGUUCUAGGAAAAUUUCAUCCUCAUGGUGACACUGCUGUGUAUGAUUCUUUGGUGUGAAUGGUUCAGAUGCGGAAUCCAAAGGAAGUUGAAAAGAUGAGUGCCAUGAAUUUUACAAGAAAACUUGUAGUGAGCUCUUGGAUCCAGUUGCAUACACUCACUUCACCACUGAGGUACUGAAAUGGGUGAGGUGGAGUUCAGGAGUGUUCUUUAUAUUCCUGGAAUGGGGCCUCUUAACAACGAGGAUGUUGUCAAUGCAAAAACAAAGAAUAUAUGUUUGUAUGUGAAAUGGAUAUGUAUCUCAGAUGAUUUUGAUGGUGAACUGUUUCCUCGACACCUAAGCUUUGUUAAGGGUGUGGUGGAUUCGAAUGAUCUUCCUCUAAAUGUUUCUCAAGAGAUUCUUCAAGAAAGUCGAAUUGUAAGGAUUAUGAGAAAGCAACUCAAACGGAAAACAUUUGACAUGAUUCAAGAGAUCUCUGAGAGUGAAAAUAGAGAGGAUUACAAGAAGUUAUGGGAGAACUUUGGCAGGUUUCUAAAGUUAGGAUGCAUCGAGGACUCAGCAAAUCACAAGUGCAUAACCCCCUUGUUGCGGUUCUACUCUUCAAAAAGUGAGGAAUAACUGAUUAGCUUAGAUGAUUAUGUUGAGAACAUGCCUGAGAACCCGAAUGCAAUCUAUUACUUGGCAGCAGACAGUCUGAAAAGUGCUCGAUUCUUGGCAAAGUUGGUUCAGAAAGAUAUUGAGGCUGCUUGCAAGAAGGCCCCUGACAGCACAGAUGCCAAGAGAGCCCAGCUGAAUUGGGAAACAAGAUAUACGAGAUGAUGGCAAUGGCCCUUGGAGGAAGAUGGGGUAGUUUGGAAGAUGAGGAGGCAAAGACGGAGGUAUGCAGCAAAACUGUCUGAUGUAAGUGCUGGUGAAGCCUUGGAAACACAAGUAAUUGAACCAUUAGAAGUGAAGGCAGAGAGCGAUCCAUGGAAUGAUUUAAUGUCUUCAAGAGAUUAUCCUUUAGAUAAACAUUUUGGCAAUAUUUUAUUUACCUUUACAAGAAAGCAUAAGGUUGCUAACUUGCUGUGGAGGAAAUAUACUUCUUGUGGACUUCAUGCUUUUACCAAUUUCCACCGUACGAAAAACAAUUCAAUAUUCUCAGAUACAGGGGACACUUAAAAUAUUAUCAGUGCUCAAUACAUGAAUUCGGAAGACGAUGGCGAUCUAUCUUCAAGCACAAAAUCCAGUUGUACAUUCAUCCUCAAGUAUGUAACAAGUCUGAAUCUUCACAAAUGCAAAAGCAGAGGGCUCUUCAAGCUCAAAAUGUAGUGAUUGAAAUUAAAAUUAUGUUUCCACCAACUCUGCAGAAUAUCCAGGGCUUUCCCUUUCAAUGCAA